AUGAACGCCGAGGAGCAGUACUACGCUGCCACCCAGCUCUACAAGGAGUCGUGCGUGUUUCAGAGGUGCCAGGUGCAGGAUUACAGCCCCAGCCCCCCGGCGUGUCUGUACAUGGGGCGCCAGCCUCCGCAGCAGCCGCAACCCCCUUACCCAGGGGCCCUAAGUGCCCUGGAGCAGGGAAGCCCUCCGGACAUUUCCCCUUAUGAGGUGCCCCCGAUUACAGAGGAUCCAGGGGUCUCCCAUCUCCAUCUCCACCAUCCCUCUCAGCUCCCUCACCCGCAUCAGCAAACUGUCCCCUUCGCAGAUGGCACUGAGUCCGGGACGCUGGAGGAACCUAACAGAAUUCAGCUGCCUUUCCCGUGGAUGAAAUCGACCAAGUCUCAUGCAUGGAAAGGGCAAUGGACCGGCGGCUCCUACGUGGUGGAGCCUGAGGAGAACAAGCGCACGAGGACCGCCUACACGAGGGCGCAGCUGCUAGAGCUGGAGAAGGAGUUCCUCUUUAACAAAUACAUCUCUCGGCCUCGCCGGGUGGAACUGGCGGUCAUGCUGAACCUGACCGAACGGCACAUCAAGAUCUGGUUCCAGAACCGCCGGAUGAAGUGGAAGAAGGAAGAGGACAAGAAGCGAGGUGGGGUGACCGGGGCAGGAGCAGGGGCCGGAGGCAAGGAGCCGGAGCAGGACUGCGUAGUGUCCUCCGGGGAGGGGCCCAAAGAAGAGCUGCUACAGCAACCUCCCGGGGUGACCGUGUCGGCCGCGGCCCCUGUUGCCUCCUCUGCCAGGGAAGGGAGACUGCCUCCCAGCCUUAGCCUCUCUCCCCAGCCCCAGCCCCAGUGCCCCAGCGCCCAGGCCGCACGGCCGCAGGAAUCCCGGUGAGAUUUGGGGCACCCCUCGCAGCCCUCUAGAAAGGAGGAGGCCAGGACUAGGGAGCCCCAGGUGUCUUCUGCUGGGGGCAGGAGUCGGGAAGUAGUGCCUCCCCCACCCUCCACUGCUGGACGCAGUCACUGUCUGAGUCAAAAGGAGAGACUGCAUGGCCUUGCGCGCACCAACUUUUGCGCGCAAACAUCGGGAGAAAAAGAAACUGCGGUUUUUGUGUUUUGUUUUUAAAUUUUUACAUUCUUUUCCUGAUGUCGCCUAGGGGUGACGGGAGCAAGGUGGUUUUGCUUUGAGUCACAAGCCUGGCCGGCGCCUCUGAAACUCCUUA